CUCCACCACCUCUGCCUGGGUGACAAUUCGCCCUCCACGACGCGUACUUUGCUUUUCUAUUUCCUCUCAUAUCAAGCGCGGUAGUCCAUCCCCCUCUACUCGCAAAUUCCUCCGGUAGUUGCUCAAGAUGGGUAUCAAGUCGCUCUUCCAGGUCAUCAGCGAAAAUGCCCCCGAUGCUAUCAAAACCGGCGAGAUCAAGAACCAAUUCGGCCGCAAGGUCGCGAUAGACGCAUCCAUGAGCAUCUACAGCUUCCUCAUCGCGGUCCGCUCCGAUGGCCAACAGCUCAUGAACGAGACCGGCGAGACCACCUCCCACUUGAUGGGCAUGUUCUACCGAACCCUGCGCAUGGUCGACAACGGUAUCAAGCCACUCUACGUCUUCGACGGCGCCCCACCCAAGCUGAAAUCCGGCGAGUUGGCCAAGCGAUUCCAGCGCAAAUCCGAGGCACAAGCAUCGCAUGAAGAGGCCAAGGAGACCGGUACAGCUGAGGACGUGGAGAAGUUCUCGCGGCGGACCGUGAGGGUCACGAGGGAGCACAAUGCAGAGUGCCAGAAGCUGCUGAAGCUGAUGGGUAUCCCCUACAUUGUGGCGCCCACCGAGGCAGAAGCACAGUGCGCGACGCUUGCGAGGGGUGGCAAGGUGUAUGCGGCUGCUUCGGAGGAUAUGGAUACACUCACGUUCGAUUCGCCGGUGCUGCUGCGACAUCUUACGUUUAGCGAGCAGCGGAAGGAACCAAUUCUAGAGAUCCAUCUUGACAAGGUGUUGGAGGGACUAGAGAUGGACAGGACACAGUUCAUCGAUCUCUGCAUCCUUCUUGGCUGCGACUACCUCGACCCCAUCAAAGGCAUUGGCCCCACUACCGCUCUCAAGCUCAUCCGCGAACACAAGAAUCUCGAAGGCGUCGUCGCUGCAAUCGAAAAGUCUACGAAAUACACCAUCCCCGAAGACUGGCCCUAUGCCGACGCUCGCCUCCUCUUCCUCGAACCUGAUGUCCGCCCCGCUGACGACCCCGAAUGCGACUUUAAGUGGGAGGCGCCCGACCUUCCCGGUCUUCUCAAGUUCCUUGUUGAGGAGAAGGGUUUUAGUGAAGACAGAGUGAAGAACGGUGCCGCAAAACUCACGAAGAACCUCAAGACCGCACAACAGAGCCGACUCGAGGGCUUCUUCAAGCCAGUGGCAAAGACUGAAGAGCAGCAAGCUAGUCUGAAGCGCAAGAAUGAAGCUAAAAUCGAGGAGAAGAAAAAGAAGCAGAAGCAAGCGGCCAAGGAGAAGAAGGCCACCAAGUCCAAGCCUAGGCAGGUUGCUUGAUCGAGGCCAAAGUCCUGCUCAGCGGCAUGGAGUGGACUAUUGUAGAUGUUUCUGCCGUGCUAGUGGAUGGCUUCAUGAUCUGCGGGCGGUCUAGGGGAGGCGUUUCUGAAGCCUUCGGUUGCUGGCUAGCGACUUUCAAUUUAAAUCUCGGUUUCGGCGUUCAUCAGGCAGGGCAUCAUGGCAUCAUGGCAUGGGAACUUAUGAUCAGUUUCUGACGCAGAUGAAAACCACGGGGGUGCCACAUGACAGGC